GCUAUUUGACAUCUUACAUAAUUUAAAAGAAUGGCCAAAGAAACAAAACGAUACGAGUAUUUCGAUACUCCUGAUGGCCAGGAUGUCGACAAAAAGUUAUUGUGUGUCAUGAAACCAGCAACUUUAACUGCUUUGGGAUUGGGAACUUUUGAUGUUCUAGCAUGGUCUCAUCCAAAAAGCUACUUGUCAACUUUAGGACGUUAUGCAUAUGUAGGAUUCCCCGUUAUAGGCGCAAGUGCUACAUUUGUUAUGGUAACAAAUUCUGCAGCAAGUUUACGCAAGAAGGAUGAUUUGUGGAAUUGGUUUAUUGGGGGCUUUGCAUCAGGUACUAUUAUGGGAGCUUGGACCAAAAGAACUAUCAUAGGAUUUAAUUGUGGAAUGUUUUUUGGAAUUUUGGGUGUAUGUAGAAAAAUAGCUGCUGAUAAUGGUUGGUCAGUCACACCACCAGAUGAUGUUCCUAGGAUGAAUCAAGGUGUAUGGGAUUUUGAUUUUUCACUUACAAAGGAUAGACCAGGAAACUGGGCUCGAAGUAGAGCUGAAUAAUAAACUUUAAAUAAAUAGUUUAGUGUGAU